AUGGCAGUGAGUUUGCUCUGCGCCCUGCUCCUCUUGGGGCUCCCAGGCAGCAGUGAAGGGAAGAACCAGGAGCUAGAUCUUUAUCACCAUCUUUUUGACAACUAUGAUCCAAAAAGCCGACCAGUGAGGGGGCCUGAGGACACUGUCGCCAUCAAUAUCAAGGUCACAUUGACCAAUCUCAUCUCACUGAAUGAGAAGGAAGAGACCCUCACUUCCAGUGUCUGGAUUGGAAUCGAUUGGCAAGAUUACCGACUCAACUAUAGCAAGGAAGACUUCGGGGGCAUAGACACCCUGCGGGUCCCUUCAGAACUCGUGUGGCUACCAGAGAUCGUGCUAGAAAACAAUAUUGACGGCCAGUUUGGCGUGGCCUACGACGCCAACGUUCUGGUCUAUGAGGGCGGCCUCGUGAGCUGGCUGCCCCCUGCCAUCUACCGCAGCACCUGUGCGGUGGAAGUCACCUACUUCCCCUUCGACUGGCAGAACUGCUCCCUCGUGUUCAGAUCUCAAACAUACAAUGCCCAAGAGGUGGAGUUCAUUUUUGCUGUGGAUGACGCUGGCGAGACCAUCAACAAGAUAGAAAUCGACACUGAGGCUUACACUGAGAAUGGCGAGUGGGCCAUAGACUUCUGCCCAGGGAUGAUCCGCCACCACGAAGGAGGGUCAGCUGACAGCGUGGGGGAGACUGACGUCAUCUACACGCUCAUCAUACGCAGGAAGCCCCUCUUCUACGUCAUUAACAUCAUAGUGCCCUGCGUGCUUAUCUCCGGCCUAGUGCUGCUUGCUUACUUCCUGCCUGCGCAGGCUGGUGGCCAGAAAUGCACCGUCUCUAUCAACGUCCUUCUCGCCCAGACUGUCUUUCUCUUCCUAAUUGCCCAGAAAAUCCCUGAGACAUCUCUAAGUGUGCCGCUGCUGGGCAGGUACUUAAUUUUCGUCAUGGUGGUUGCCACGCUCAUUGUCAUGAAUUGCGUCAUCGUGCUCAAUGUGUCAUUGCGGACACCUACCACUCACGCCACGUCCCCGCGGUUGCGCCAUGUCUUACUGGAACUGCUGCCGCGCCUCCUGAGCUCUGGGUCACCUCACGAGGCCCCCCAGGCCCAAGAGACCCCGAGGCGGGCAUCCUCUGUGGGUAUCUUGCUCCGCGCUGAGGAACUGAUCCUGAAAAAGCCACGGAGCGAGCUAGUGUUUGAAGGGCAGCGGCACCGGCAUGGGACCUGGACAGCUGCCCUCUGCCAAAGCCUGGGCGCCGCAGCCCCUGAAGUUCGUUGCUGUGUGGAUGCAGUGAACUUCGUGGCCGAGAGCAUGCGAGAGCAGGAGGCUGCUGGCGAGGAGGUGUCUGACUGGGUGCAAAUGGGGAAGGCCCUGGACAACAUCUGCUUUUGGGCAGCGCUGGUGCUCUUUGGAGUGGGUUCCAGCCUCAUCUUCCUUGGGGGCUUCCUCAACCAGGUGCCCAGACUGCCUUUCCCCCCAUGCAUGUAG